ACCAAAUUCCAAAAGCAGCUUAUUAUCUCUCUAUGAGACUACGACUCUUUCUGACACUCUGUCUCCCCCCACUCUUCUUUUGGCUUUGGGAAUCCAUUUUCUGUUUUCCUGCACCAUUUUAAGCACAUUCUUACUUUCUAAUCACUGUUUUCCUUUGUAAUUCACUCUUUAAUCACCUUAUUUCUUUCUCUUUGCUUUUUUUACUGCUAAUUGCUAAAACCCUCAUCUCAGUUUCACUUUUCAAAGAAAAAGGGCAUUUCAUAAGCUAACCCUUCUACUAAUUCCCCCAAAAGUUCAUUUUUUCCCCUUAAACCAAUGAAAAAACUUUAAUUAAUACAGUAUUUAUUUGCUAAAAUUUGCAUAAUUCACAGAUCUAACUCAGGUCUUUAUCUUAAGGAACCUUGCUUUCUGUUGAAAGGGUUUUAGCAGUUUCUUUUGUAAAGAUUGACAUGGACUAACUAUUUAUUUUUGGGUUUUUGAAAGAUUUAACCUUUUAUAAAUUUUUGUUUGGUUAUUUUCUUCUGUUGCUUCUAAGUGGGUUUUGGUUAGGAUUUCAACUUUAAUUUGGUAAUUUUACUCUUCAUUUGCCAUUUUUAUGCUUAAUGGGUGUGUUGAAGACCUCUUCUAGUUUUGCAAUUCAUGCUACUUUUAUGGAUUCUAAAAGAUUCUCUGAAUUGGGUUUCUCAUUUUUCUUUUUCCUUUAGCUGUAUUCUUCCACCCUUAAAUUACAUGAAGGUGGAUUUUCUUAGAAAAACUAAUACAAAAAGAAGAAGAAAAAUCUCAGAAAAAGAUGAUUCAGCUGUUGUUUAUGGUUUUGUUUGUGGAAGGUCUUGUGGCUUUUCUUUUGUUGGUGAAGGUAGGACCAUUAAGAGAGCUGGUUAUGAAGAGCUUGGAUCAGGUGAAAAUGGGGAAAGGUCCAGCAACUGUAAAGACAAUUGCUGGUACAAUGUCUGUCAUUUUGCUGUCUAGUUUAAUGAGUAUUGUUAAGAUCCAGAACAAGGGUGCUAAACUUGGUACUAUGUCACCCAUGGAUCAAGUUCUGUGGAGGACCCACUUGCUUGAGGCUUCACUUAUGGGGUUCACUUUGUUUCUUGGCUUCUUAAUCGAUCGUAUGCACCAUUAUCUUCGUAAACUCAUCAAUAUAAGAAGCAAGGUUGGAUCAUCAAAAGAGGAAGUGGAGAAGCUCGAGAAAGAAAAGCAACAGCUGAAGGACAAGGAAGAGAAGGCUUCGAAAGAAAUAACGGCGCUGCAAGACGAGCUAUCGAAAGUAAGCAAUGAAGUAAAGAAGUUAAAGAUUGAAUCACUAGAAAAAGACAAGACAAUUGAGACUGCAGAUGCUCACGUAGUUGCUCUUCAGAAACAAGCUGCUGAUUUGCUUCUCGAGUAUGACCGUCUUUUAGAAGAUAAUCAGAAUCUUCAGACCCAAGCUCUGAGAAGGUGAUGAAAGAAAUUAUACAAGACUUUUACAAUUUUAAAUCAAUACAAACAUUUUGAGGUAUUCAUUGGUGAAGGCUGCUAGUGCCAAAAACCUGUUUUCUCGUUUCAGCUUGAUGAAAAUGGUGAAGGGUAUCCAUCCCUUCUUUUGGUGUUUGGUGUUUGGUGUUUGGGGAUUAGAAUGAAGGGAUGGAACCAGGUUAAUGUAUGGGCUUGUUGGUGCUAGAUCUUUUUGCAACUCUGAUAAUUGGUUUAUGUUAUUUGAAACAUAUCUUUGUUUCCAUUAA